AAAUCAUCAACAAAGAAAGAUGGCUGAAGUGAUAGAGCUGCAGAAGCUGAAGCUUGCCGAGCUGAGGCAGGAGUGCGAGGCCCGAGGUUUGGACACCAAGGGAAACAAAGGGGAGCUCAUCGCCCGUCUGCAAGCCUACCUGGAGGAACAUGAGGAAGACGUGGACGUGGAUGAUGUGCUGGGAGAGGAUACAGAGGAGUUCACUAAAGUCGAGACUGCCAAUGACGAAAAAGCAGAGAAGGAGUCUGAAACUACUGAAACCGACGAACAAGCUGAAAAGAAGGUGGUGAAAAUAAGUCCUCCGUCAACUGCCACCGAAAGGCUACAGAAGAGGGCCGAACGUUUCAGCGUGCCUGCAUCCUCUGAGAGCAAGAAGGCCAUACGUGCAGCAAGGUUUGGUUUACCCAACGAGGCCUCAAGUCCUUCUCCAGGAGCUACAGAUGGCGUUGCAAACAGUAAAGCUCCUGUAAGCAGCGAUCAGCUGAAGAAGAGAGCAGAAAGAUUUGGCAUGAACGUUUCAUCCAUUUCACAAAAGAUCGAAGAGGAUGAAAAGCUGAAAAAAAGGAAGGAGAGGUUCGGUGGCCUGGCAAGCACAGCGACAGCUGUAGGCCCCGAGGUCGAGGCAAAGAAAAUGAAGCGUGCUGAACGAUUUGGAAUAGUGUAAAUAAUUAGUUUUAGAGCCUGUUUUUUCGUUUUUGUUUUAUUUGUUUCUUUUUUUUUGUAAAGCAUUUUCAUGACUUGUACACCAGAGAUUCCCGAAGAUCACAAAUGUCACUGAUAGGAUUCCCUCAAAAUCGAAAUGUAUACUUGAAAUACAACGAUAAAUGGGUGGGUUAGAUCAUUUAAAUGUUUUUUGGGUGGAAAUGCGUAGACAAAAAGAAACUUGUGAUGUUGUUGAUGUCAACUACUUGAUAUUUACUGGAUGAUUUUUUUUUCUCUCAUUACUGAAAUGCCUUCAAGUAAUUAUUUUGAAUUUUGCCUCACACAACAAAUUUCCAUUGAUUUCACUUUUUUACGUUGGUUGUCUUUAAAAUACAGGAGCUCAUUAUGUUUUUGUUUAACGGAUACGUGAUGAAACGUGGUGAAGAACAGCAGAUCACAAACCAGUGAGGCUCUUAUGUUUCAGACAAGAAUCUUUAUUACAUAAUGCAGCAUCUACAAACGUCCGUCUCAUUAUCACAGAUACAUGCAACAUUUUGGCCGGGGAAAUUAAAAAAUGUGUAAUACAUUCAUGCGAGGCCCAAAUAUACAGAAAAAGUUCAGAUGAACAACAAAGAGGUCUAGUUAAUGAUAAACGAAAGAGUAAAAAGAAAUUGUUUUAUCAGCUUUAUUGGAAGUAAUGAAUAAAAAAAAUCUAUUUUUCAAUUGAAAUGAUUUAACUCACAUGUUUGUAUUUUACGGUGUGUAUUCAAAUGUACCUUUGAUUAAUCAGACGGUUCCUGUUCUUGUUUUCUUUCUGGGACUCCAUUGGUACACUGCUUUCAGUUUAUCUGUCCAUUUUAUAACAUUUUUGUGAUUUAAAAUAAAUUCUUUUCGAUUUUUU